AUGUUCAAAAAGGAGGAUUUAGACUCGCCGCUCGACGACGAUGUAUCCGGGAGGCGAAUUUCCAAGUCCUGCGACACUUGCAAAGUGCGCAAGGUCAAGUGCGAUGGAAUCAGGCCUCUGUGCUCGUACUGCGUGAAGAACAAGAUGGAGUGUGUCUAUUCGCCGAUGAAGCGGCCCGGACUGAAGCGUGGAUAUGGUAAGGAGUUCAAUGAGAGGCUGGAGUCGGUGGAGAACGCGUGUACGCGCGUGGAGGACGAUAUUGGCUCGGUUAAGUCAGAUGUGGUGGCACUAUUCGAGCGGAUGGUGCGUUUGGAGGCGUCCAACCGCCCGGGUGGUGGCACUACGGGCCAGCAGACGGUUCAGCCGAAUAGACAUGGUGGAAAUAGUGGAAGUUUCAGUCAAUUUGAUCAGAGUGGUCAGGGUGUGCCCUUGCAGCUGGGCCAGCAAACGGCAGAAACGAUGCCAAUAAACCAGCAAACUCCUUUGACUCAGUCGUCUCCGCUCGAGUCAAUGCCAGAAUUUCCCAACUUGCCGCCUAUCACCAGACUGGUGGCAAUCUACUUUGAAAAAGUCCACCCUGCUUUUCCAAUUCUGCACAAAGACUCCAUACUCCACAAAAUCCAAGAGGACAAGGACUGCGUGAUUAAGUAUGCCAUAAUCUUGGUUACUCUUAAAUAUGUGGACUCUCAAUUGCAGAAGUCCGAUUCGACUGCAUAUUUUGCCCUGUGCAAGGAGAAGAUCGUGUUGAGAUGUAUAUCGAUGGUGACACUUGAGCAGCUGCAGGCAAUGACUCUGCUUGCUUACCAAUCGUUUGGUUCGCUCAAUAACCCGGAAACCUGGUCGUUUAUUUCACUGAUUUCCUCUGCCGUGACCCAUCUAGGGCUCACCAAGGAAACGAAUAACUCCCAGCACAUGCAGUUCCUGGAAAAUAAGGUACGGCGACCAUCUAUCGCGACCUCGUCGGAGCAAGCUUCGCCGAACUCGCCCCCGAACACUGUUACUCCAGGCUCACAGUCGACAUCCAGCAGGAAACGCAAGUCUUUGAGUACGAAUCCAGCCAAGUUUCUCCGGAAACCGGACAAUUGGGUGGAGGAAGAGAGUCGACGCCGGCUUUUUUGGGGGAUCUACAUUCUGGACGUUUUUUCAGCCAUUUCCAAUUCGUUUUCGCUGAAGAUUCCCGGCGAUGAGAUCACUUGUAUGCUGCCUGUGAAGCAUUCGCUGUGGUAUUGGCAAACUUCUUCCAAGGGAUCUCCUAGUUUGACUCCUGAAGGCGAAAAUUUUUACGAUACCGAGGAAUUGUACGAUUCGUUUGCGUAUUACGUUGAACUGCUGCAUGUUUUGGGUGAGAUUCAUUUGUUCCUACGCAAGCAGGUGGACAUCUUUGACUCGACCGAAGUGUACUCAUUCCAGAAGAACUUCCUCAAUUUGUACAACCGACUGUUGAAGUGGAAAUCCACGAUUCCUCCAAGGUAUCAAGCUCUCAUGGAUAGGGCUACCACGUGGGAUGGCAUGACCCAAAUGGACUUUAACCUAGCCUCUUUGUACCACACAGCCAUGAUCAGACUGAAUUCCGCGAUUGGAUAUCCACACGCACAAUCUGAUUACCUUUCCUCCUCAAAGAUUGCCAGGGACCGUUGUCUCCUGGAGGUGGACACUUUGACAAAGACAAUCCGGACCAUAGAGACAAUAUUUUACACAACAGAUGAUGCGUUCGGGUCACUCGGACCGUGUUUCGCAUUCACCCUAUGGGUUGCCGGGAGACUGGUGAUGGUGGAUUCCAUUAAUAAGGAGAUUCCGUCUCCUCCUGACGAGGAUGUUUUGGUGAGCUCAAUGCUCAAAAUUGGUACUCAUUGGGGCUGUGCUGCUAGGUAUGCUAUGAUAAUCAAGUUCUUGAUGGGCGAGACCAUGAAUGUGCGGAGAAAGACCAUCUACUCUACGAAGAAGCGUGUUCAUGGCGAUCCUUCCGAAUCGGAGGAAGAGAGCGACGAACACGCCAAGAACUCCAAGAUCUUCAGCGAUAUGCGGAACAAUGCGUUUGUGCUCGACUUCAUUUUCUCUCAGAAGAUUCCUAAUCUCAAAAAUGCGGAGGAGAGAUCAGGAAUCACGACAUCACCACCCAACCAGUUCAGCUUCCAAAACAACAAUGGCGUUCUGAGCAACAUCCAGUACUAUUCCGGUAACUUUGCGGCCAACUCGCCGACUGCAGCCCUCGGGUCGCUCCAGCAGUUCCAGAAACAGCAGAAAACAGCAACUAAAACUGCACAGCCAGCGCAAUCCUUCUCGGGAUUGCCGCAAUCACAGCUUAUCCAACCAGUGGAGUCUUUGGAGAACAUCUUCCAAUGGUUCAAGUUCCCUGUGAACCUGAAUGUCGAUCCCGGAAUACUCUCGAAUGAAACACAGCCAAAUGGUAACGACGAGGGAAUUCAGAUUGGAUCACCCAAGAAAUCACGUACAAAGCGCCGCAAGACUUCACAGGAUUACCCAGUAAUGUUUGCCGGAAUGGGCAGUUCCCAGCAGCCACAACCGCCCCAGCAACCACCGAACGAUUCUCGUACCAAUGGGUUGAGAAACUUUAACAUGUUUGACGUGGAGUUUGAACUAUCGCCGUCGCAGGUAUCGUGGGACCCUACGCGAGACUGGCUUGAUAAUUCGGUUAAGCAGUGA